AUGGCAGACGACUCGCUAUCUAUCUACGAUGAGAUCGAAAUCGAGGAUAUGACCUUCGACCCCGCCAUGCAGAUAUACCACUUUCCUUGCCCAUGUGGCGACCGCUUCGAAAUCGCCAUCGAUGAUCUUCGCGAUGGAGAGGAUAUUGGUGUCUGUCCGAGCUGUAGUCUGAUGAUUCGAGUUAUUUUUGAUCAGGCUGAUCUACCAAAGGCCGAAGACCCAUCCGCCAGCGCAGUCGCGGUGCAGGCGUAA